CUUGACCCCUCAAGGCCUCACAGCCUACCUGCACCUUCUUCCCAAUGGAGAACUCAGGCCAAGACCUCUCUUCCACGGCCAACCACUUCUUCUCCUCCGGUGAUGGCAGCGCCGCCGCCUCCGUGGAGAGCGGCUGGAAGUCGUACAUCGACUACUUCAUGGAGAUGCAGCAGCGACAGAAAGGGGAGGCGAGCCUUGCUACUGGUGGUCUCUCAACUGAUGAUGUUGGACGAUGCCGUUCCACAUCGGAGUACAGUGGUGAUUGUGGAUUAGGAGCCUCCACACGGCUGCCAGCGCUUGUGGAGCCGUCGGUGGUAUCGAGAAGGUUGAGCCUCAAGGAGGGUUGGAGGAGGAAGAAGAAGGUUCUGUAUGAUGAGUCCUUGGAGGAUACUGCCACAUCUCCUAUCAGUAGCCCUAAGGUGAUUCAGUUGAGGGACUCAGAUGCCAAUCACCAGAGGAAAGGGAGUUCUUGUGAUGAGAUUUCACAUUCUAAGAAGAAUACAAGUGAUGUAAAUGGAGCAAACACAACAACAGACACGACAAUCAAAGAAGAUGGUGCAUGGUUGAUACCUGCUUGUGUACAUAUGGUAAUAAACCAGCAUCAACCCUAUCACAAAUGUACAUGUACACACACUUGCACAUAUGAAAAGAAGGUAUAGAUAGUCUUGUGAACCAAGGUGUGGGGCAGUAGCUAGGUACAAUUCUUCUGAACGUUAUUAGUCUGUUCCUGUUAAUGAAAGGGUACAAAGUUCACAUGUGAAAAGGCACAAACUAAGGAUUUAGUGUUAGGUGAGGCAUCACAAUGGUGUGUUAGAUAUGGGGUCUAUUCCAUCUUGUGAAGAUUAGUUAUUCUGUUCAUGUAUGAGCUAGUUGUUGAUCUAUCUGUUCCUUCCUCAUUUUAGUUC